AUGUCGAUGGCGGCGACUAGUUCGGUGACGGUGGAAGUGCAGUGCAGGGUCGGAUCGGGAAACAGAGUCGUCGGGGCGGUGGCGGUACCGGUUUCCGAUUUCUUGGGAGAUCUUACGCCGGAGGAUUACCUGCAUUUUUUGAGCUACCGGUUGCGGGACCCGCGAGGGGUUAAGAACGGGAUCGUCAAUUUCUCGGUUAGGGUUAUCGGCGGCGGCGGAAGGGGAUGUAGUUGUUCGGCGGCGGCGAGGAAGGAGAUGGUGGGGGCGGGCUUCGGCGGUUCUUCCACGUACUCUCCUUCGUGGGGCGCGCCGCCGUCUUCGUCAUGGAGAAUGCAGGUGGGAGUGCCGGUGGUGGGCGGCCGGAGAAAUUACGGUGGCGGCGGAGUGGUCACCGGCAUUCCUGUUUGGGGCUCGUCCCGAGGAGAAAGUGAAGCUGGAGAAAAGAUUUAA